ACAGUUUCGAUAUAGGGAUAUUUGGACUCUUCCUUCUGGCAGCAGUUAUCCACAAUCGUCAACGGUUUUCAGUUGUUUUGAUCGUUUGUCAGUUCAAAGAUUCCAAAAAAAAAUCGCAUUUUUUCCGCUACGCUGUACAUUGCAAGCCUUUAACUCAACGUGCGUUCGCCAUGGGUGCUGUUGCCAGCAAGCAAGAGUGCGAAGACGCAGAAGAUCAAGGGGCAGGCGUGGAGGCCGAGAAACUGUCUUCGGAGGCGGUUAGCACCCCAAGAAGCUCCAGAGAGAGCCUGAACCAGCCCAACUUAGACCCCAGAUCGCCCAGCAAGCGCUUUGCGCGAACGCCUGUAGAACUCCUGAAUGCUGUGGUUGAGAAGCUUGGAACUCUAACAAUAGAGACAAGGACAGCGGCCGCAGAAACCCCACUAAGGCGGCAUGUGAUUCUACCAGUGGACCCCCGCUCGCCCAGUGUGGAAGUCCAAAGAACGCCCAUAGUAGUAAGUGCGUCGAAGAACGAACAAUUCCCUGAAGAAAUCCGCAAUAAAAACCUGGAAAAGGUGAAAAUCCGCGACUUGCUAAACUCACCGGUCCCAGCCUCAGAGUGCUUCGCCAAACACGUGCCCCCAAAGCUUUUGUCCAGCUGCACAGUGACGCCUAAGCUGAAAGUGGACAGCUACAAGCGGAAGUCGCUGAUUCUCCUGGAAACUAAUGUGGAUUACACUGAGACCGACUUGGAUGUUGUCAUCAGGGAGAAAUGCUUGAGCGCAGUCCCAGAGCCGCACGACGCAAUACAAAAUGAAGCCGCCCCUGUUGAGGACCGACUGGAUGUGAGUGUUGAAAGCAACUCAGAGCUGGAAGAGCCAGUGGCAACCACAGAAGAACCAGCUUCAGAACCAACAAGCUUAGACAGCUUGGAGCUGGAGGAGGAAGACCCGAAGCUCUCCCCGUCUUCAGUAGAAGCUCAAUCCAGUAGCCCGCCGUUAACAGAACUCGUAUCAAAAUCAGCGCCAGCUUCUCCUCCACACAUCGUCAGUCUCACGCCUAAAACGCCCAAAGCCCACUCCACAUCGCCUGUUCGAAGCCUGUCGGCCGAAGUGCUGGAAUUCCAGAAAAAGCUCACCAACCUGAUCUAUGAAGAUGAAGACCCGAUCGUGUGGCCGCGGGCUGUGAAGCCCCGCAAUCAAAUCAGGGCGCCUUUGGGCGUGAGGAAUGGCAAUGGCGCGGUCCAGAAACUGAAAGUCAGCGAUAAGCCCAGGAAAACUAUGAGCCGAAUCCCGGUCUUUAAGGAGAAGCGCAUUAAAGUCCAGUGCGAAAACACGCCGCCCAAGAGCAUGCGAUCACUGAAGCAGCCGAGGAAACAUGCCUGGGAUCCCAAGGAUGAAACCCUGUUUAUUUAGCUUAGGGAGUGUUUUCUGUGGAAAUUUUCCAGUUGCUAGUUUUGUAGGUUUGUUGGGUUGGUCAGUUUUGCACAAAAACUGCUCGGUUGUAGCGGGACCAAGGCAUGCGAUAGCCUUAAAAAAAGACUAACCCAACCAGGGUGUAAUUAUAUAAUUUAUCGUUUAAUGUUUGUCAGUGAUGCAACCGAAUAAACCAAGAAUGUGUCUUUUGA